AUGGCUGAGCCCCAUAACACCCAGUGCUGCAACCUCCAAGACAGUGGUCAGGCCCAACAGGAGUUAGCCAAUGCCCAGACUACCACGGCUGAAGGAGAUGAGGAGGAAACAAGCACCACCUCCCAUCAGGUGUAUGGUGGUGGAAUACCAAGUCCUCCCCAGAGUCCUCAGAGAGCUUCCUCUCCCUGUGUGGCACUGGCCUCCAUUCCUGAUGGCCCAUCUGAGGAAGCUUCCAUCAAACCAUUAGAAGAGCUGGAAGAUCCACUAUAUUUGUUGCACCAUGCACAGUACAUAAAGGUGUAUGACUUGGUGGAAUUUCUGCUUUGCAAAUAUCGAAUGAAGGCAUUCACCACCAAAGCAGAAAUGCUGGAGUGUGUUGGUAGGGCAUAUGAUGAGUACUACCCUCUGAUCUUUAGUGAGGCCUCUGAGUGCUUGAAGCUGGUCUUUGGCAUUGAUAUGGUAGAAGUGGACGCCUCUGUCCACUCCUACAUCCUUGUCACUGCCCUGGGGAUCACCUAUGAUGGGAUGCUGACUGAUGUCCAGGGUAUGCCCAAGACAGGCCUCCUCAUAGUGGUAUUGGGUGUCAUUUUCAUGGAGGGAAACUGUGUCAGUGAGGAGAUUAUCUGGGAAAAACUGAAUAACAUAGGGUUGUGUGGUGGGAGGGAUCCUUACAUACAUAAAGACCCUAGGAAGCUCAUCUCUGAGGAGUUUGUACAGGAAGGGUACCUGGAAUACAGGCAGGUGCCCAGUAGUGAUCCUCCUACCCAUGUGUUCCUCUGGGGCCCCAGGGCCUUUGCCGAAACCACCAAAAUGAAAGUCUUGGAGUUUUUUGCCAGUAUUGCUAAAACUCACCCCACAGCCUACCCUGAAAGGUAUGCAGAGGCUUUGGAAGAUGAGAUAGACAGGGUCCAGAACUGGAUCUAUCAACGCAUGCUUCAACAGGUCUGA